AAACACCUAGAAAAUCACCGACCGUAUCCAGUAAUACAAUGUUGAGGUGACAUCUGGGUCUGUGACAGUAGCAACACGACCAGCAACAAGAAGGGAGUCACCACAUAACCCAGUCCAGAAGACUUGUUUAUGACGUGUUUCCCCCCAUCCUCUGUACCAUUGGAUUAUAACAGGAACACUGUUAACUGCUGACACAACUCCACCUUACGGCUAAGCCUUUUAGCUUCGCCUACAGCAUCCUAAUAGCUUCACGUCACAGACUUGAGAUAAGACGUAAGAUAUUCGAUAUGCUCCUUGUACCUUUGCUGGGGAUCUUUCUGCCUGCUGUGGUCGUCGGCUUCAGCCUCACCAUCCUGCACACCAACGACAUCCACGCCAGAUUCGAACAGACCAACAAAUACAGUGGCCAGUGCCAAACCGAUGAUGUGGCAGAGGGGAAAUGUUUUGGUGGGACAGCGCGACUUGUGACCAAAGUCCGUGAACAGCGCUCCCUCCAUUCCAACACCAUCCUCAUGUCGGCAGGGGACGAAUAUUCGGGGACGCUGUGGUUCUACAAGUACCAAGGUGUUAUUGUGGCUAGAUUCAUGAACCUGUUGCAGUAUGACGUCAUGGCGCUGGGUAAUCAUGAGUUUGACCUCGGCAUCGAGGGGUUGAUACCCUUCCUCAACGACGUCAACUUCACCGUGGCCAGCGCCAACAUCGAUGCUACAGGCGAGCCGUUGGUGGAAAACAAGCUGAUGAAACAUACAGUGUUGACGGUCGGGGGUGAACUUAUCGGGGUCAUCGGGUACACUACAACAGAGACGCCGUUAAUCUCGUCACCAGGUCAAAAUCUCAAAUUUGAAGAUGAGGUUGUAGCAGUCCAGAGAGAGGUGGACUCCCUGACGUCACAGGGCAUCAACAAGAUCAUCGCUCUCGGUCACUCGGGAUUUGAUGUUGACCAACGAAUAGCAGCAGAGGUCAAUAACCUGGAUGUGGUGGUCGGGGGUCACACCAAUACCUUCCUCUACACAGGCGACCCCCCGUCCAAUGAGGAACCGGAAGGAGAGUAUCCCCACGUGGUGACCCAGUCGGGAGGGGCCAAGGUGCUCGUGGUGCAGGACUAUGCUUACGGAAAGUAUCUUGGAGCUCUGGAAGUGACCUUUGACCCGGAUGGUGUCAUCACGUCAUGGGGAGGCAACCCGAUCCUACUAGACAACAAAACAGCACAAGAUGAGAUGACCCUGGAGCUUAUGCAGCCAUACAAGGAGGGCGUGGCUAACGAGUCAGGCACGGUGGUGGCCAGAAGCCAAGUGAUGCUUGACGGGGACAGGUCCUCCUGUAGGGUCAAAGAGUGUAAUUUUGGGAACCUGAUUGCGGACAGUAUGGUGCACAAGAACCUGAAGCACAGCGACUCCCUGGAAUGGAACCACGUGGCCAUCGCUUUCAUGAACGGGGGCGGCAUCCGGGCCUCAGUAGAGAGAGGUGACGUUUCUAUCGGCGACAUCCUGACAGUGCUGCCAUUCCGGAACUCUGUGGACAUCGUUGAGCUGCUUGGGAAACAUGUCCGGGAGACGCUGGAGUUCACGGCGUCCAAGUGGGUGGAGAACACGAGUAACUUAUUCGGAGGCUUCCUCCAGGUGUCUGGAAUGAAAAUUGUGUACGACAUGGGGAUGCCUGUGGGUCAAAGGGUAAUAGAGGUCAAGGUCAGGUGCACCAACUGUUCCGUGCCCCAUUACGUGGAUCUGAAUGACUCGGAGGUAUACAAGAUCAUCAUGCCCAACUUCAUUGCCAAUGGUGGAGACGGAUAUGACGUCAUCAAGAAGAACAAGAUGAAACAUCAUCUGCUUGGGGAUGUGGACGCCGACGUCUUCAUUGAGUACGUCAAGAGCUUUUCGCCCCUUACCACAGGCCUGGAGGGUCGCAUAACAUUGCGGAAGGUGGCCACGUGCCCUUGUCGCGAGACCAGUGACGUCACCCGCCCAACACCACAGCUCCUCGCAUCGACAAUUGCAAUCAUAAUAAUCAGUGUUCUGCUGAUAUAAGUGACAUUUCAUGUCAUGAAAUUUGUAUGGUGAUCACAGGAACGACGGACGUGUUCUUCUCUUUGUGGGUGUGAUAUGAUGGGUGGCUGGAGAUAUUGAUGGACAGUGUGUUGUGAUGUGUGUGUCCAUCUUGACAUAUCAUGUGCAUACAUUUUCGAAAGGCAUUUAUUCGACUUUGUUGGAGAAAUAAGCUGUUGUAUGCACUUCUUAUGAAGGUGAACAUUGACAAAUAUUUCUAAGUUUAAAAGAUAUUAUAUAACUAGAUGUCAGCUUGUGUUAGAAUCGGAAGUUCGAAAAGUCAAAUGUUCACAAUAUAAUAUGGAGUACGCCAAAGAUGUAUGUUGAGUCCUGUUUUAUUUGUAUUUUUUAUACAUGAGUUGGUAGAUGAAAUGAAGCAAUGUGCACUGAGGGGUGUUUAUGUCAGGGGUGGACUAAACGGUAUCAUGCUGCUCUUUUUGGCAUAUGACGAAAGAUUGAUUGAAGGCCUAUAAAGAAAACUUUAUACAUUGACAUGUUAUUGCGUUAUAUCCCUAGGAGUUGACCUAAAGAAGUCAUAUUUGGUUGUGUUCAGAAAUGGUGGAUAGCUAAGAAAUAGAGAAACAUGGAUUUAUUAUGGUAAACAUAAGAAAGUAGUAUCUCAUUAUACAUAUCUGGGUAUUGUCUUUACAUCCAAGUUCAUUUGGUCAAAACGUGUGGAACAUUUGCACUACAAGCUGGAAAGGCUCCAUUCUUACGUUUUUAAAUGAGUAUCCAAGCAUUUGUCUGACAGUAGCACCUGUAAUAUCUGAUAGUAAAAUAGUUCCAUAUUUUACCAUGGUUCGGAAGAAUGGAGUGACACUUGUGUGAGUUUUGAGGUUGGUCCGUAAACGAUAUAAAUUUGUUAAUGAAAUAAAAGAUAGAACCUA